AUGGUUCCUGAAGAUUUCGAUUUGAACCUAAUUGACAACUCUGUUGGAAAUACUUAUCAGAAGAUCCAAUGUAAACAGGAUUCCCUACGAGCAAAGUCAACAAGUGGCCCUCCCGGACAACCAACGGAGGAAAAAUAUCCGAGUAUUCUGAUCCCGUCUUACGAUCAUGGUAAUUGCUCAUUUUCAGGUUCUACGGGGCAAUCAUGCAACAAAGAGUAUAAAGAAUUUAAUAAAGCAGUUGAAGAGAUACAGAACAACUGUGAAUAUGCGCGAGAUAUUGUGGAGGCUAACGUACGAAUUCUUACGUAUGUCUAUCACUUUUCUUUUGCUGAUUCUGUCGAGGCACUCAUUCAGGCCAAAGGUAAUCGAGAUGAGGCCAUCAGACUCCUAAAGCGGAAAUGCGCCAGAAAUACUGGAGUGAGAAUCGGGGAGAAUAUUUCCCCUUCAGGCCUUAAUGCAAACAAUUUCGGGAAUGCAAAAAACCAGCCACCAGCAACUUCAGCAAGGGUAGGUUCCAUUUCCUCCAUCAACCACAUUCUAAAAUCUUUAGUCAACAAGUGGCCCUCCCGGACAACCAACGGAGGAUGGGUAGGUCUUUACUUUACUGGAAAAUAUCCGAGUAUUCUGAUCCCGUCUUACGAUCAUGGUAAUUGCUCAUUUUCAGGUUCUACGGGGCAAUCAUGCAACAAAGAGAAUAAAGAAUUUAAUAAUGCAGUUGAAAGGAUAUCGGCCAACAGUGGAUAUGCACGAAAUACUGCGGAGGUUAACCUACGAGUUCUUACAACUGUGAUGGGCUUUUCUUUAACUGAUGCUGUCGAGGCACUCAUUCAGGCCAAAGGUAGUCGAGAAGAGGCCAUCAGACUCCUAAAGCGGAAAUGCGCCAGAAAUACUGGAGGUGUCUCCAAGUAA